AUGCCUCCAUUUGCUUGGAACCACAGCACAAAGUACUGGUACGAAUCUCCUAUCUCUCGCGCUUACCGAUUGCGAGACAUGCCGAGGCACGACCUCGUCGGAGCCAGAGACGAAUACUCCAGCGAGCAACAGCCCAGCUGGCGCAAUUAUCUCCGAGUUUCCGAAAUCCCAUGGCUGGAGCACCAUCAAGUCCAGUCGUCUAUCUUGUAUCCCUUUGCGGGUAUGAUCGUUAUGGCUAUCGAGGCUUCACGUCAGGUAGCCGACAAGACGAAGGAGAUUGAGGGGUUUCAGCUGCGAGACAUCUCGGCUGGUGCGGCCAUGAUCAUUCCGGCUGAUGAGGCUGUUGAGUCAAAGAUUCAACUUCGUCCUUGGCGCGCUGGUUCAAGGCUUCCCGACUGGACGUGGAACGAGUUCACCAUCUCAUGCCGAGAUCGCCAAGGGGCCUGGACACAACACUGCUCAGGUUUAAUCCAAGUCAAGUACAAGACGGCGGUAAAUCCUACUUUUACGAAUGAAGACGCUGCCAGAGCCAAGAAGUUCCGAGAAGAAUAUCAGCAAAUUACAGAUGCUGGAUUAGAUAUUGAGGAUCCAGCUGACGUCUACGCUUCGCUCGCUGAACUCGGCUUGCAAUGGGGCCCAUCUUUUAAGUCACUGGUCCAUAUCGGUUCAGGGCAUUACCAGGCUCAAUGCGCUAUCGAAGUUCCAGACACAAGGUCCUUUAUGCCUGAGAACUUUGAGCAUGAUCAUAUCAUUCACCCUGCGACGCUCGAUGGUAUCGUACAAAUGAUUGUGCCUGCCUGCUCACCUCGAGGAGCGCUUGUUGAUAGAGCCAAGAUCCCUCGCUUCGUUGAGAGUGUCUACAUCUCAAGCAAAGUGGCGAGCAAGAAACCUGGCGACAAGCUUUAUGGUUACUCUCGCUCUACAGCGCACGGUUUCCAGGAAUCCGUUGGUACUAUCGUCGCUUCCGAUGGUGACUGGGAAGAGCCUCUCGUUGUGUUUGAAGGGUGCAGAGUUAUCACGCUCGAGACCAUGACAGAGGGCAUUGCGUCCUCUUCUGCUGCAACUAAGUCAAUCAAGAAAUUGGGCGCGUGCACACACUGGGGCCCUGAUAUUGAAGAGCUGACUGCCGAUGGUUUGAAGGCCUUCCUCUCCCCCUUCGCAGAGCUAUAUCCUGAUCCAGAAUACGAAACAAUCUACGAUCUCGAAUUGGCUUGUUUAAUUAUCUGCAAGAGGGUCCUUCGAAAGUUUACUGCAGAGGACUCGAAGUUGUUCGCGCCCCAUCAUCGUCUGUUCUAUGAAUACAUGCAGCACCAAUACGACCUUGCUGUCGAAGGCAAGCUCAACUGCCAGAGGUCUCCCAUCAAGAAGAUUGACUGGUUGAACACCACCGAGGAAUUUGAUGCGGCCUUGCUCGAGAAGGUUUCUAAUGAGUCUGUGGACGGAAAGAUGCUGGUUCGCGUCGCCUAUGCGAUGAAUGAGAUCCUCACCGGCGCAAUUGAGCCUCUGCAGGUUCUCCGUGAAGACGACUUGCUGACUUCAUAUUACCGAAACGUCAUUGGUGUUGAAAAAGUUAACCCAGUCCUUGAAGAAUACGUGAGGCAAAUCUCCCACAAGAGACCACUUCGCGUCUUGGAGGUUGGCGCAGGUACCGGAGCAACCACAAAGCUGGUUCUGACGACCCUUGGGAAGCGCGAUGAUGCCGCCGCCAGGCUGAAGCUGUACACGUUCACUGAUAUUAGCAGCGGAUACUUUGAACCUGCUGCCAAGGACUUUAGUGAAUAUGCAGAGUUCUUGGAAUACAAGAUUCUCAAUAUCGAGAAGGAUCCCGCCGAGCAAGGAUUCCCUGUCGGCCAAUACGAUAUUGUCAUUGCAAACAACGUUAUUCACGCUUGUUCAUCCAUCGACAGAUGUUUGGCGCACUGCCGUAGCAUGCUCAGACCUGGCGGAGUUUUGCUCCUGGGCGAGCUGACCACAACGAUGGCUCGUGUUCCGAUGAUCUUCGGAACACUUCCUGGAUGGUGGCUUGGUGAGAACGAUAACCGGAAAUGGGGCCCAAGACUCUCAGAAAGCGAAUGGGACGUUUACCUGCGCCGGCACGGAUUUGGUGGACUGCAUGUGUCCUUCCGAGACGAUAGCAGAGAAGAUGUUUACCAGUCUUCGCUUAUCUUCUCCGUGGCUGUAGAGGCCACCUCUCCCCCGCUGCCCAAAAACGCCGUCGUCGUCAAGCCAGCAGUCGCUGACCCCGUUGUCGAUGUGAUGGCAUCAAAGUUAUCGAAGCUGCUAGAUAAGGAGGGCGUUGAAGUUGAAGUAGUUUCGUUGAAAGACGUCAACACUACUGAUUUCAGUGGCAAGGCAUGCAUUGUUGCUGUGGAGUCGAACAAACCUCUGCUUCAUGAGAUCAAGAGUGAGGACUGGGAGUCUGCCAAGAAGGCAGUGCUUGGAUCAAGAAGCACUCUGUGGCUCACCAAUGGUGGUACCAUGGAAUGUACCACUCCUGAGUCCAGUCUUAUUGUUGGACUUUCCAGAACUAUUCGAGGAGAAAAUCCCGGCCUACAGUUCACCACACUUGAUCUUGAUCCCAAGGAAUCCAUCGACUCCGACACCACUUGCGCAAUUAUUAGCCAGAUCUUCAAGUCUAAGGCUGAUCCUUCUAAUGCGGAAUGGGAGUAUGCUCUGCGCAAUAAGCUGCUCAAUGUGCCUCGUCUAUACCCCGAUCACGAGGUGAGCAACCUCUUCGAGACCAACGCAGAAGAUCCUCCUGCAGUGAAGUUGCCUUUUAAUCAGCCGGGACGUGCUCUUGCACUCGAGAUCAAAGUACCUGGAAUGUUAGAUACCUUCCAGUUCACAGACUGCGACGAGUACCCGCUGCCACUUGGCGACCGAGAGGUCGAAAUCAAGGUCAAGGCUGUGGGCAUGAACUUCCACGACGUCAUGAUUGCCAUGGGUCAAAUCCAGGAUACAAACUUGGGUGUUGAGUGUAGUGGCGUCGUCACUCGCAUUGGAAAGUCCGUCACCCAAUGGAAAGAAGGCGACAGGGUCAUGACAUUCCGUCUGGGAACUUACCGCACGUAUAUCCGUAACCCGGAGGAGAUGUUCCAGAGAAUGCCGGACGGAGCUAUUAUUAUCUCUCAGUAUAUCGGCGCCGAGAUCUUCGUAACUGUUUCAACCGAGUUCAAGAAGCGUUUCUUAAUAGAGACGUAUGGUAUCCGUGAGGAUCAUAUUUUUAACAGCAGAGAUCAUAGCUUUGCAGCUGGUAUUAAGCGUAUGACUGACGGCAAGGGCGUCGACGUCGUCUUGAACUCUCUUGCUGGAGAGGGACUGCGGCAGAGUUGGCUGUGCGUCGCGCCUUUUGGUCGGUUCAUUGAGCUGGGCAAGCGAGAUAUUACCGGUAACACGGGCCUGGACAUGACGCCUUUCCUUCAUAACAUCAGCUUCUCUGGCGUGAACAUGCUGUCUGUGUACAGAGAGAAUGUUCCACUGCUCAGCAGAAUUUUGGCAGACGUGAUGAAGUACUGGGCCAUGGGUGUUACGAAACUCGUCACGCCUCUUAAGGUUAUGAACUUUUCCCAGAUCGAAGAGGCGUUCCGCAUUAUGCAGACAGGCAAGCACAUCGGAAAGAUGGUCUUGGCCGCUAAUGAUGACGACAUUGUUCCGAUUGUCCCUCCCAAGAAGAAGGAGUUUACUCUGUCUUCAAACGCAACUUAUAUAAUCCCUGGUGGCCUUGGUGGUCUCGGACGAUCACUCGCCAUGUGGAUGGCCUCAAAGGGUGCUCGCUACCUUGCCUUUACGUCUCGCUCAGGCGCAAGCAAGCCAGAGGCAAAGGCACUCCUUGACGAAUUGGCGAAGAUCAAUGUCCAGAGCAAGGCUUUCGCAAGCGAUAUCAGCAAUGAGGCCGAGCUCACUAGAGUGCUGCAAGAGAUCAAAGCUGCCAACUUCCCCGCCAUUCGCGGAGUCAUUACCUUUGCCAUGCAGUUGCAGGAUGUCUUCUUUGAGAACAUGACUGUUGAAGAGUUUCACACUGCUAUCCGACCCAAAGUUCAAGUCACAAGAAACUUGCACGAACAGCUGCCUAAAGAUCUUGACUUCUUCAUCUGUAUGUCCUCUGUUGGAGGUAUUGUAGGGUCCAGAGGACAAGGCAACUACAACGCCGGAAACACAUACCAAGAUGCCGUCGCUCGCCACCGCCGUUCCCUCGGCCUUAAAGGAACAAGUAUCGAUCUUGGUCUUGUUUUGGGCGUCGGUUGGGCUGCAGUCCACGGUGAAGCAUUGGGUUAUCUUAACUCUGGCGCAAUGGCUGGUCUUAAGGAAACUGAGGUGCUGGACGUUAUAGAGGCAGGCAUGGCUGGCUUGCUGCCGGAGGCUGAGAACACGGUCGGCUUGACUACAGGAGGCAUGCUUAAGCAGGGUGGCUAUGAAGAGCUGUACUGGCACAGCGAGCGCCGAUUUGGUCCAGUCAGUGUCUACGACACACAGGAUAACGGCACUGCCGCUGGAGCUGCUGUUUGCGUAGCGCUGAUGCGGAAAUUGGCCAAGGCUAUGAUGAUGGACGAAGCGGAUCUCGACUCUGGCCGCCCUGCGAAUGCGUACGGUGUUGACAGUCUUGUGGCGGUGGAGAUCCGAGCUUGGGUAUUCAAGACCGUCAAGAGUGACAUCUCUGUGUUCGACAUCCUAAGCAAUGCUCCGCUUGCUACGCUUGCUGGGCUCAUUGCUUUUAAGUCGUCAUAUGUGCCUGUUGCGAUUCGCGGUGAAGGAGUUUCGUUGGAGAAGUGAGAUGUCAUUAGACGGGGGAGUGGAAU